AUGGCUACAAACGCAAUUGUACAAAAGCAAACAUCGUUAUUACCACGUUGGAUCGUUCGCCUCCUUGGAUAUUCGUCAUUGGCUGCAGCUAUCCUUAGUCUCAUCGUCUAUUGGUACAAACGCUUCCCUCCUUCUUCUGGACCGACGACAGCAAGUAAUAGCAGCGCUGGUUGGGGUACUCGACUUUUAGGAGGUGUUGCCAGUAGCAGAAAGAAGCGUGUCUUGACACUUUCAUUGAAGAAUACUGUGCUAUGGAACCCAUCUUCGGAUGUUGACACACCAAAUCAUGCAUUCCACGAAAACGCUGCCAUUUUCCUGAACCGCUUGACACAACUGUUUGAUGUGCAUGUCAUUAUCCACGUGAGCUCCGAUGACGAAAAGGACCAAAUCAACCAACUAUUACAGAACGCAGGAUUGCUGGAAAAGGGCGUGCUCGAUACCCGCAAGAUCCUCUGGUGCUCAACCGAGGAAGGAAAAAUCCACAUGAUUCGACACAUCGAACCUGCUGUCCAUAUUGAAGGCGGCUGGGAGCUGGAUGAUGGAGAAGACAUUGUGCGCAAGCUGCGGCCUUUUGUGCCAAGGCUGCUUUGGGUAAUUACAAGACGGAGGCGCAGUUCUUUCAACCAAGCGCGGUUGAAAGAGUCGGAUCAGGGAAUCAUGGGCGCUAAUGUGGAGUUGGCCGAUAAACUGUUGGAGACUUCCGUUGCAAGCGAAAUUGGUUUUGCGGUUGUGGAGGAAGACGGAGAUGUAUAA